CAAUCUUUUAUUGUUCAGAGUAGGCCUCCCCCCUUGUUCUAUUCUGCGCCUUAUGCAAUGUAAACGCACACUAGUUCAAAAUGGCAAGACUGUUUUCACUAAGAAACACCCGGCUUUUACUGAAACGAACGUCAAAUAUUCCUCUAUUCAAACAUGUAGGAGGCAUUAGGAGCUGUUCCUAUAUUUCUGCAUUUCCUGGAGAAGUAAAAUCGAGUGAUGAUUUAAGGAAAACCGAAAAAAGAGUACAAAUCCUUCACUUAAAUUGUUCAGGCUCUGACGAAAAAUCUUGGACAGGAAUAGCUUCAAAGGCGUUUUUCAAGUCGUACAAAGAAGCAAACCCUAAUCACGUUAUCCAAGAAGUUAAUCUUUGGGAUAAAGAACUACUUCAGUACAAUUUAUCACACGUUGCUAGCAAGAUGAGGAUGGUGACAGGUCAAGAAAUACCAGGAGACAGAGAGAACAUCACUCUAGUAGAAACAAUGAUCAAAACACUAUUCUCAGCAGAUAAAUUAGUUGUCUCAAGCCCUAUGUGGAAUUUCAGUAUCCCGUAUGUGCUUAAACAAUAUAUAGACUGUAUUGUUCAGCCGGGAUUGACAUUUCAAGAGACUACCACAGGCCCCAAGGGGUUAGUGACUGGAAGACCUCUCCUAUUGGUUACAUCAUCGGGCGGAGACUACACUAAGGAAGACAUGACAAAACUUGAUUUUCAAGUCCCUUACUUGAAGGUUAUAUUUGGUUUUAUAGGAUUUACUGAUGUUAGACAUAUAUAUGUUAACAACACAGCUCACGAGGAAAGGGGACAAUUGCUGGAGUAUAUUGAUAAGGCUGUUAACAAAGAAGUGAAACAGUUUUAAUCCAUAGUUUUACAGAUAU